GAGCUCAACCGUUCUAAGAACAUCGCCAUCUAUCUUGCAGAAAACAACCCCGAAUACCAUAGUGGCACAGUGCUGAUUGUAUGCUUGCUGAUGGGCGCCCGUGGGCAAUGCCUCGUACUUUCUUGGCAGCUUAGACUUGCUGGCUAGCCGCCCCUUCUCCUUACAGGACUGUCUCUUCGCGAAUGUGUCCUCUCCUUUCACUCUCCUUCAGCCAUGACAGGCGCCUGAAAUUCCUAUCUUUCUGCACUAUUCAUGGUGCAUCUUAUUACGCCGUUCUUUUCACAGUUCGCUCCCUAGCCUGGCGGCUUGCCCAGGCGUUUGCUGGACUCGAAACGGCUCAACAUUAGAUAUUCGCUCUCGCUCACACAGCUUAGCCACCGCAUUCCUCCAUUGCAUGUCCACCUUCUCGUCCUACCUUGCGCACGAUGGUCAAGAUUAAGGUCCCGCGUAAUGGCGCCUAUCAGCCCUUGUCCCGCCGUCAUUCGAGGAAUCUCGUCUACGCUCUGAUCGCCGGUCUCGUCAUCGGACUCUACUACCUCUGUAAUGGCCCGAUUGACCCGUUUGCCGUCUCUUUCGAAGAGCAUCAGGCCUACAUGAACGACCGUGCUCAUGUUGACGGCUUUCUCGCAAAAGGUUCUUACGAUUGGCGAAAAGCGCCCUUUCAUAACAAGCCUGAAUCCUUCACUCCCCUUCCCGCCGGUAAACCCCGAACCCUCCCUCCAAUCCAAUUCACCUUCACAGAUGAAUCGAAAUCACGGAAAGACAUGAGGGAGAGAUAUCGUGUUGCGGUUCGAAACGAAUUCGAGCGCAAUUGGAACAGUUAUAAACGGUGGGCUUGGACUCGGGACGAAUUGAUGCCUGUGACCGCAAAAGGGGUCGAUCCUUUUGGGGGUUGGGGUGCUACCUUGGUUGACUCUCUUGACUCGCUCUGGAUCAUGGGGUUUAAGGAUGAUUUCUACGAGGCUGUCGCGGCCGUAGCUGCCAUCGACUUUGGCAAAUCAGAGAUGACCACUAUCAGCGUUUUCGAAACCACAAUCCGAUACCUUGGUGGCUUACUCAGCGCCUACGAUCUAUCUCAUGAGAAGGUGAUGUUGGACAAGGCAAUACAACUGGGUGAGAUGCUCUACCGAGCAUUUGACACAACAAACCAUAUGCCUCUGGAUCGGCUCGCAAUCGACCUAGCAAAGAAGAAUUUUGGUGUAGGAUUCACGGCGGAUAGCUCUAUCUGCUUCGCGGGCCUUGGUUCACUAACAAUGGAAUUUGUACGUCUCGCCCAAAUCACCCAACAACCAAAAUACUACGAUGCCGUUGCCCGAGUCACGGACCUCUUCGAUCGUGUUCAAAACAGCACUCGCAUUCCAGGACUGUUCCCAACUUGGGCCAAUGCUUACCAACAGGAUCUUUCAUACGACCGUUCGUUUACGCUGGGAGCCAUGGCCGACUCUUCGUACGAAUACUUCCCAAAGACCUUCGCUCUUCUUGGAGGCUUGGAGCCAGUGUACGAGAAGCUGUAUAAGGAAUCUGCAUCCAUGAUCGACGCCCACAUGCUUUUCCGACCCAUGCUACCUGAUGGAGAGCCGGGAGAAGAUAUAUUAUAUUGUGGUGACGUACACGCAUCGGACCCGGAGUCCAUUUCGCUAGAUCCUGAGAUGCAACACUUGACAUGUUUCGUCGGUGGCUUCUUUGCUUUGGCAGGCCGUAUCUUUAAAAACGACCGCCACGUAGAUCUUGGCGCCAAGUUAACCGAAGGCUGCAUUUAUGCUUACCACUCGAUGCCAACGGGAAUCAUGCCGGAAAUCUUCAACGUGGUUCCAUGCAAGUCACGUUCAACAUGUCCAUGGAACCAAACCAUAUAUGAGGAACAUGUCUUGAACCGGGCCACGCAGUACGAUGGCGAUUUCAAGGCCGCAAUGGAGGAAUUGAAGCUCCCGAAAGGGUUCACGUCUAUCCGGGAUCGCCGUUAUCUGCUCCGCCCUGAAGCGAUUGAAUCCGUAUUCAUCAUGUACCGUGUGACAGGAAACGAGGAAUAUCUAGAGCAUGCAUGGGAUAUGUUCACAAGCAUCCGAAAGUAUUCGACUACUCGCUACGCUAAUGGACAAGUGUUGGAUGUUUUGGAUAUUUCAGAGGACUCUGAGCCGGAGGACAAGAUGGAGUCUUUUUGGCUAGCUGAGACUUUGAAGUACUUCUAUCUCAUAUUCAGUCCGCCAGACAUGAUUAGCUUAGAUGAAUGGGUCUUCAACACGGAAGCUCAUCCGUUUAGAAGGCCAAAAUGGAUCAAGUUGGAGGGUUAGCAUUAGAAGGUGGUUUCCUUGUUUAUGAUACCCGCC